AUGAAUGGUGUAAACCCUAAUCCCGAUGGAUAUCCUCUCGGUUAUAAUGUCAACGGAUACAGAUACUUCAUUGGGAUAUCAUCUGGAAUCAUCAUGCUUAUUCUUACCAUUGUCGUUUUUUCAUUUUACUGCACCCGCAACCCGCCUCGACAAAACAACGGCACAAGUGAUGAUGAUCAUCAUAAUCAUCCCGAAGGUGAUAUUGAAGAGGGUCUAGAUGAAGCGACCCUCGAAAGCUAUCCAAAAUUCUUAUACUCAGAAGCUAAACUCCAAACCAAGCAGAGCACCACUGCUGACGGCUCGUGUUGUUCAAUUUGCUUGUCUGAUUAUAUCAGCAGUGACAUAACUCGAUUGCUUCCGGAUUGUGGGCAUCUUUUCCAUCAGAAAUGUGUCGAUCCGUGGUUGCGGCAACAUCCUACUUGUCCUAUUUGUCGAGCAUCACCGCUUCCUACACCCCAGACGACUCCUCUGGCAAAUGUGAUGCCACCGCCUGCAAGAGAUAUUAACCGAUAA